AAGCAGACGACCAUAACUUCCAGUUUUGGCGGGCUAGUGCCUAAUAUGCACGAAGUCUUGGAUCAUUUUUAUUGUUCGUAAAUCCCUCGUUUUAAUAGUGAAGAAUGGUAACGCCAUUCUUGAAAGCGGAAUUAACUGCUGCAGUUACUAGUUUGGGUUAUACAGAAGGAAAUAAAUACUUCAAAGAUCAAUAUUGUCUAGAGGCCUUAAAGGAUCUGAUUCGUUAUCUUCGUAGAGACGAUGACACUCUAGGAAUCAGAAGGGAACUUGGGCAGAUGAAACUUGUACAGACAAAUUUGAUACCAAUUAUUUGUGAAUAUCACAGUGAUGAAACCCUAUUUGAUGUUGUACUUCGUCUCCUCGUCAAUUUAACGAAUCCAACCCUGUUACUGUUCAAUGAAGAAGUGCCUACUGAUAAAGUUACAAGAAACUAUUAUCUGCAACAUGUCAGCCAUUUGCAGAGCUACAAACCAGUUUUAGCAUCCGAUAAAUUGUGGGUAGUUUUAACUGACAAACUGAAGCUGCUUCUAGUCAAAGAACCAGAAGAUCGAUUGGAGGAUGACAAAUUGCUAACUGAGAGAAUCCUGAUUCUGAUACGAAACAUUUUGGAUAUACCUAUAACGCCAGAAGACGAGAAACGAACAGACGAUGACGCGAGCGUUCACGACCAGGUGCUGUGGUCCAUGCAUCUCUCUGGGAUGGAAGAUGUGAUCAUUUACCUUGCAUCCAAUGAAAACGAACGUCACUUCUGUAUGCAUGUGAUGGAAAUUAUAUCUCUCAUGCUGCGCGAGCAAAAUCCCGCCACGCUUGCCCAAGCAGCCGCACAACGUUCGCUCGCCGAGAAGCAGAAAGACACCGAAGAAUUGGUGGCCAUGGUACAAAAGGAAAGCAGCGAACGAGAGGCAAGAUAUAAAAAGAUGACUGCCUCUAGGAGUUCCAUUUUCCGCGGAACGUUCUGCGUUAAAGAUGUCAAGUCAAUCAGCGAGAAAAACCUAAUCGUUCACCGAACGUUGACUGAUGGCAAACCCAUCGAUUUCCAUCAGAACAAGGUGGCUAAAAGAAAGGCCAAAAAUCGCAUGCCAUUACCGAACUGCGACGUGACUCGCAAGUCGACUCUCUCCAUCCGUCUGAUGCUGAAAGAAUUCUGUCUCCAACUGCUCAACGGAGCCUACAAUUCUCUGAUGCACAUCGUCAAAGAUUGCCUGAUCCGUUUGAAAACGCAGGAUCACGAUGAGACGUAUUACUUAUGGGCCCUAAAGUUUUUCAUGGAGUUCAACCGUAAUAGCGGCAAAUUCCGAGUCGAGCUGGUCAGUGAGACCAUGUCGGUGGGGCUCUUCCAUUACAUUCAGACGCAGGUUCAAACGUACUCUGAAUCCAUUACUGUGGACAAAAAGAAAGCUGCUGUAUGGUCCCGUCGCCUUCACGUUGCUCUGCGCGCUUACCAAGAGUUAUUGAUGACUCUGAACGCCAUGGAUAAAUACGGCUCUGAAUCCAUCCGCAAAUCGUCUGAAGUCCUUAAAAGCAACGUCUUCUACGUCCCAGAAUACCGCGAAUUGUGCCUCGUUUUGCUUCUGAACUACAAAGAAACGCAACACUCGCUCGACUACCUGAAAGAUUUGGUCGAGACCAAUCACAUUUUCCUGAAACUGUUUGAACAAUUCACUAAAGGCAAACGGCACCUCAUCGUCCAGAACAAAUCGAAAGCGCCCCAAAAGCGGAAAAAGGCCAAGAAAAAGAAAUCGAAGAGCGAGGAAACAUCUACGCCUCCGCCAACAUUCGAUGAAAUUGCCGUAGAGAUCAGCUCCGCCCUACAAGAGCAACCGACUCUGACCGACGACAUUGCGCCCUACGAUGCCGCCUCCGAUCUUCCGAUGGAUGAUCAAAAGGUUAUAGCCAUGGGUAAAAUUCAGCAACUGCUCAAGGAGGCCAAAACCCAUCUGGCUGUAGCUCUACUGCGAACUUGCCGUGACGUUUGGCCGGAAGGGGAAGUCUUUGGCCCGCCUGAAGUGGGUCCAGAGCACGAAUUACUUCUUUUACGCGAAAUCUUUCACACCGAUUUACCGAGUGUUGCUGGGCACGAGCCAACAGACGAUUGCGAUGGAGCGGACUCUGACGGCAAAGAAAUCGAGCAAGAAGAAUUGGCAGCGGAGAGGAGCGAAAAGGAGCUUCACUUCGAGGAAUUCAUUCGCAGGUUUGCCCAUAAAAACGUUGCGCGCAGCUACUGCCAUCUACUGAGACGCUACGCAACCAACACGUCAUUGACGAACCACUGCCUCAUCAAAAUGCUCCACAGGAUCGCCUGGGAUUGCAAAAUGCCCGCCAUGAUGUUCCAGCUGUCACUUUUCAAGACAUUCCAGAAAAUCAUGAACGAUCCGCUCGCCAAAACCGAUGCUACCGUCAAAGAACUGUACAAGUUUGCUAUUUACAUCAUGAGGAAAUUUGCCGAAACGGCGCAAGUCAACCCGAAAAUCUUCGUGGAACUGCUGUUUUGGAAGACUGCCAGCGAAGCGGUCGAAAUUGAAGUCGGUUACGGCAACGUCAAAGACCCGAGCCAUUCGCGUGCCGUCUGGAGCGAAGAGGAAGAAGAUGAAUUAGAGAGACUGUAUCACGAAUUGAGAGACGUCCAAGAUGGUGAGGGAGACGUGGCCGAUCGAAUUUUGGCCAACCUGAUUAAUCAGAACCGCAAUCGACGUGCCGUGAUCAAGAAAAUGAAGGAAAUGGGUCUCAUCAUGGACGCCAAGAGCUUAGCGAAGACGAAACGAUCCGUAAAAAUCCGUCCGCCCAAGGAAUGGGGCGAUCACGAAAUCGUGGAAUUGCGCCGCAUUUUCGAAGAAGUCCGCGGUUCAUCCGAUCCGUUGGCUUUGCUGAUUGAUCGACUGCCCAUCCCCCGCGGCAAAAGUCGCGUCCGAGACAAGAUAGUAGAACUCGGCCUGGUCCAAGACGUCAAGGAGUUGCGCAAGAAAAAAGUCCGUUCGGCUAAAUCAGCCGGUAGGAAGGAAUCCAACCGCCAUCAAUCCGAUGACGAAGGGCCGAGAGAAGGUCCUGCCAGUCUGACAGAUUCCGAAUUGGAUGAAGAAAGUGAGAGCGACGACGAAGAAGAAGAUGACGAGAGCGAUGGCGAACCUUUCAAGAAUAUGAAGCACAAGGAAAGCAAGUCAAAACGGCCCAAACAGUACGGAUUCGCUAUGAAGAAAACUGAUUAUUUUAGCCCUGAAAUGCUGGCGGCACAACUCCGCCAACUGGUCGACGAUGGCCGUAAAGAAGGUUUAGCCUGGCUGGCCGAGUGUCUCAGUGAAGCCCUCGAGGAUCGUGAAGACGGAGAAUGUGAUGAGGCCAUCCCUCUAGUGCCGCUCACGGACUGCGCUAUUGCCAGUAUGGAAGAUCACACCUUUUUGAAAUUUAUAGCCAAAGUUGGAUUGGCUCCCCCGGCCAACGAACAAGAACAAUUCUGGCGCAUUCCGUCUACGCUAAUGGCGGCUGAUUUGCGUUGCAGGAUCGAUUUUCUAAAAGGAGCGUCCGUUUCGGACAGUGACGGCGGGAAGAGCGAGUCGGCCGAACGGAUAGACGACAUCUCUGGCAACACGAGCGCCAAACGGUUGGCUGAUGAACCGAUUCCUUUGGGCUCGCAUAAACGUCGCCGCAUCGUCCAUUCCGAGUCGUCGUCGAGCAGCGACGCAGAACCACAAGAUGUUGAACAACAAGAGGUUGCAGAUCCAGCUGUUGUUGUUGUUGAAACUUCGUCAACAGCUGCGUCAACAACAAGUCGCAAACGAUUCGCUGUGCUCGACAGCAGUAGCGACGAUUCCCAAUGAAAAUGAUUCCCCUUUUAUUAUUUGUUUUUUUUUUUUUUUACCGACAAACAGAGCACUUCCCAAAAGGUGGGGGAAAUUAAACACAAAACAAAAAGUUGUGUGUUGACAACAAGAGUCAACGCCUUUUGUUUGCGUUCGCGGCAUUCGAUUUUUCCAAACUUUCUUCGUACGUCAGCCAGUAUUCAAAAAGUUUGUUUUGCCUUCCUUCGGCCAAAUACACUGGCUUUAAUCAAGA